AUGAAGAUAAUGAGCCUCCUGUGGACCAAGAGCUUUCUCUUCCUCAUGUCCAUCCCAUGCCUCUGCUCCAGCCAGCCCUCACCUCCUCCGUUACGUUUCUCUGCUUUCCUGGACCACUCAAACCUGGUCUUCAUGAGCUGGGACCAUGAUGCAGAGGAAAUUAUGACCUUUGAGCUCCGGGUCAACACUAUUGGCUGGGUGGCAUUUGGAUUCAGCCGUCAUGGAGAGUUGUCUGGGUCUGACAUUGUGAUCGGGGGCGUUUUCCCCAAUGGCAGCAUCUAUUUCUCUGACUGGCAUGCUGUGGAUGAAGAAAAUCUCGAGGAGGACAAGAGCCAGGACUACCAGCUGCUGUCACUAACAGAGGAUGAGACCUUCACCACCAUGAGGUUCAAACGCUACUUCCAGACAUGUGACCCAAAUGACCUGGAUAUCACGGGUGACACCGCACGCCUGAUUUCUGCUUUUGGCACUGAUGACGCAGUCCAGUUCUCCAAAGGCCAAAGAUUCCUUAAAUCUCUUUUUCUAAUGCGGGUCAUAAGCCCAACUGAAUUGAAUGACCCCAAAAUAUUCUUCACCUAUGAUCUGAAGCUAAAUAACUUCCCCAUCCCAGUUGAUGAAACCACAUAUGCCUGCACCUUUAUCCCACUGCCCAUCCUUAAGCAGAAGCACCACAUCUACAAGUUUGAGCCCAUAAUAACAACCCACCAGAACAGAUCGAUGGUUCAUCACAUUCUGGUCUAUGCCUGUGGCAAUGGCAGUGUGUUACCCACAGGCAUCAGCGAUUGUUAUGGGGCCAAUCCAGAUUUUGCCCUGUGCUCCCAAGUGGUUGUGGGCUGGGCUGUUGGAGGAGGGUCCUACCAGUUCCCAAAUGAAGCUGCAAUCUCCAUAGGCACACCUAUGGAUCCUCAAUACAUCCGGCUGGAAAUCCACUACAGCAAUUUUGACUUGAUACCAGGAUUAAUUGACAACUCAGGGAUACGACUCUACUACACCCCGGACCUGCGGCCAUAUGACAUGGGGGUGCUACAAACAGGGGUGUUCACCUUCCCUGUCCAUUUCAUUCCCCCUGGAGCAGAUACCUACAAAUCCUAUGGACUAUGUAAAAGCAGUCAGUUCAAUGAGAUGAAUGGGACAACUGUGCCAGAUCUGAACGUGUUUGGCUUCUUGCUGCACACUCAUCUGGCUGGGAGAGGACUGAAAGUUGUUCAGUACCGGAAUGGUGAGCAGGUGAGGAUCAUCUGUGAGGACAAUAAAUAUGACUUCUCCCUGCAGGAAACACGGGACUUGAAGGAGGUCAUCACCAUCAAAGUGGGAGAUGAGAUCCUAGUGGAGUGUAACUUUCAAACUUUGGAUAGGACGGAGAUCACCUUUGGUGGGCCAAGUACCUUGAAUGAGAUGUGCCUGGCAUUCCUCUUCUAUUACCCUCGCAACAACAUCUCCAGCUGCAUGGGCUACCCAGACAUCCAGCAGAUUGCCCACGCACUUGGCCAGGAGGCCUCAGAUGCGAUGGAAGGAAUGAUUGCCAUGAACUAUGUCGAAUGGAACAAUGAAACCAUCAAGAAUGCAGAGAAAGCAGCCAAGGAGGCUAAUCAAACAGUCAUGAUUAAAACCAUAGAUGAGCUACAGAAAAAUGAGAGUGGUAUAAUCCGGGAUAUUAUGAUUUCAGAGAGUGGUCUCUGCCAUGACAUUUCUGGACACCUCGGAGUGCGGGGUUCCCAAGUCACAGCAAACCUCCAGGGGCCUGCAGAUAUGAUUUCCCAGGCUCUCAGCACUGCAGAGAUCUUGCCUCUUCCUCUCCUGUUGCUGACACAAUUGGCAUUCACCUGGCUUCUCACUUCCUACCAGUGUAGAAUUUGA